AUGGCAUCAUCAUCAUCAUCUACACGAGGUGGAAAUGGAAACAAAGUGGUGGAAAUGGAAGAGAUUGUUAGACACAUGUCGAAUUUACCUAGUUUUCUUGAAAGGGGAAAACCUAUUCAAGAUAAAGCUUUGAACUUUGGUGUCAUGGAUUGGGGUCGCUUAGAAAAAUGGCAAUAUCAUCGUCAAAAACAGGGUCUUGUGGGAAGCAACAAAUAUUCACCUUCUACAAGUAACUCGUCUUUAUUAUCUUCAACUGAUGAAUCUUCUCCUCAUUCAAGUAGAGCUCAAACCUCUUCUUCUGCUCCUUUGAAACCUCAUCAUGUUACUUUACAAUCUCAUUUAAACGUUUCCCCAGAAGGAAUUUCCAUUCGAAGAAAUCUUGAAAACUCUCAAGAUGUUAAAAAUGAUCCUUGUAAUAGUGGGAAGAAAACACGGAAUAAGCCAAGAAGUUCCAAAAUGAAUGAUAUUUAUGCUCAAAAUCUUCCUGAAUCAUCAUCAUCAUCAUCAUCAUCAACAUCUUUGAAGGGAAAGAUGAAAUUUCAAGAUUCCUAUGAUCCAAAAAACAACAUUCCAACAUCAUUUCCAUUUGAAAAUGAAGCCAAGUCUGAAAGAAAUCCCAUUACUCCAGAAAAGAAACAACUUAGUGUCUCUUCAAAGAAUUCAGAUUUCAAAACAAACACAAUUCAGAGAACUAUAUCUCCACGUCAUCAUCGACCGAGUCCUUUAAAAAAGUUGUUAGACCCAUUCUUCCAGUCAAAGUCAACUUCCUCUGGUCAACACAUCCAGACUUUUGAAGACCCAAAAGUCAAAGCCAAAGUGAAGUUAGAUUUCGGAAGCUGUAAGGAAGUCAAAGUUGGUGAUGAUUCUAGGAACAAGACGAAGGAGAUGCCAUCAUCAUCACCAUCACCAUCACCAUCACCAUCACCAUCAUCAUCAUCAUCAUCAACAAAGCAAGCUCUUUUUCAGAUGGCAAUCAAGAAUGGAAGACCUUUGUUUACAUUCACAGUGGAUAACAAUGAGGAUAUACUUGCAGCCACAGUAAGAAGUUCAAGUGAAAAAGAUGACAACAACAGUUGGAUUUACACAUUUUUCACCAUUCAUGAGGUGAAAAAGAAGAAGGGAAGAUGGUUAUCUCAAGGAACCAAAGCCACAAGUCAAGGAUUCCUCCCAAAUAUAACAGCUCAAAUGAUUGUUUCAAAUUGUUCAGUUUCUAAUUGUAGGGAGUUUGUUUUAUCAUCUUUAGACCCAAGUGUACCCGAUGAACUUGCAGCCAUUGUUGUAAAGUUUUUAAGAAAGGAAGAGAAUCAAGAUUGUUUCAGCAUGACAGCUGUUCUACCUGGUGGCCAUCAUAGUGCACCUAGCAAAGGUGAACCUUCACCAUUAAUUGACAGGUGGCGAUCUGGUGGAGCUUGUGAUUGUGGUGGUUGGGAUAUUGGCUGCAGAUUGAGAACCUUUACAAACAAGGUGGAAUUGGAAUCUAAUGGAAGAUCAAACAAAUUUGAUCUUUUCUUUCAGGGAGAUGUUAUAAGUGAGAGACCUUUUUUCAGUCUUUCUUCAUUGAAGGAAGGGAUAUUUUCAGUGGAGUAUGAUUCGUCUUUAUCGCUUCUACAUGCGUUUUCGAUUUCUAUAUCGAUCAUGGAAUGCAGAAAAUCUUGUCAGUAUACAGAAGUUAAAAUGUAUGUUGCAAAACAAGUAGAUGAAGAUGAUGAAGCUCCUGUAACAUAUGCAUCAUUGCCACCUGUUUCCCCUGUGGGAAGGGUUUAAGAGCUUAACAAAAAACAAAAAACAACUGGUUGGACUUUAAAGAUGAGUUAUUGGUCAAAACUGGGGUUUUUUGAUAGCCAUAUAUGAGUUCCAUAUGCCUUGAUGUAUCUUGAUUGUGCACCUUAAACCUGAUUAUAUAAUCUAUAACGAGGCUGAGUGAGCUUUAUGGUUGAGUUUGUUAUAUAAGACGUCCCAAUAAUAUUUGGUGAAACUAAUUAGACAUG